UAUUUAUUUAAAUAUAUGAGGAGUGAGUGGUGUUGUUCCAACUUCCAAGUCAUUUUUUCCUAAAAGAAGUAAAGAACUCUAUUAAUACCAUACAGAGUGACCUGAGCAGUGACGUGAUUUUCCUACCUGCAACGCCAUGGCUUCCGUGGCAAAAACUUCAUAUAUAUUUCAGCAAUUUUCAGUGUCUUUCACAGAACUUCCAUAGCAAUUUCAGUGUUUUAUCUUCAGCAAUGGCAGCAGAAAACGUAGCCCAAUCAACCUUCCCACUCCAAGAUCGUGUGGCCAUUGUUACCGGUUCUUCUCGCGGAAUCGGCAAAGCAAUUGCACUUCAUUUGGCCUCACUUGGUGCUAAACUUGUCAUCAACUAUUCCUCCAACUCCACUCAAGCUGACGACGUCGUAUCCCAGAUCAAUUCCACCUCCGGUUCCCCACGUGCCAUUGCCGUCAAAGCCAAUAUCUCAGAUCCAGAUCAAGUGAAAUCCCUCUUUGACGCUGCUGAAUCGGCUUUUCAAUCGCCGGUCAACAUCCUGGUAAACUCCGCCGGGAUACUUGACGGAAAAUACCCGUCAAUCCUAAACACAACCCUAGAGGAUUUCGACAGGACUUUUGAUGUGAACGCUCGUGGAGCUUUCGUGUGCUGCAAGGAAGGUGCUAAGAGAAUCAAACACGGCGAAGGAGGGAGGAUUAUAUGCUUAUCGACGUCCUUAGCAGCGGCGUUUAGACCUGGAUACGGAGCGUACAUCGCUUCAAAAGCGGCCGUGGAAGCAAUGGUGAAGAUACUGGCGAAGGAACUGAAAGGGACGGGAAUAACGGUGAAUUGUGUGGCGCCGGGACCCGUAGCGACGGAAUUGUUCUACGAAGGGAAAACAGAGGCCAUGAUAAAGAGGGUGAUUGAUGAUUGUCCACAUGGAAGACUUGGCCUGCCGGAGGAUAUCGCGCCGGUGGUUGGGUUUUUGGCCGGCGACGCUUCUGAAUGGGUUAAUGGACAGAUCAUUCGUGUCAAUGGCGGCUUCAUCUAAUCUAUUUAUUUAUUUUGCCAAGAGUUUUGUUUUACCUGCAUUUUGUAUUGUGACAUCUAUUUGAUUUUGUUUCAUUUUCUCUUAUUAUAUAAUAUAUAUAAUAUAAUAUAAAAUAA